AGAGAGGCGUCUUAAUAAACGCUCUUCUCUGAAUCCCUUCGUUCCCUUCAUCUCCUUCUUUCUAUCCUUCCAUUUCGUUCUUCUUCUUCAGCGAAGCAAAUGAGAGAGUGCAUUUCGAUCCACAUCGGUCAAGCCGGCAUUCAAGUCGGAAACGCUUGCUGGGAGCUUUAUUGCCUCGAGCACGGCAUUCAGCCUGAUGGGCAGAUGCCAAGUGAUAAGACAGUUGGUGGAGGUGACGAUGCUUUCAACACCUUCUUCAGUGAAACUGGAGCUGGUAAGCACGUGCCUCGUGCAGUUUUUGUAGAUCUCGAGCCCACUGUCAUUGAUGAAGUUAGGACUGGUACAUACCGCCAACUAUUCCACCCUGAGCAGCUCAUCAGCGGAAAGGAGGAUGCAGCAAACAACUUUGCUCGUGGCCACUAUACCAUUGGAAAAGAGAUUGUUGAUCUUUGCUUGGACCGCAUCAGAAAGCUGGCGGAUAACUGCACCGGUCUCCAAGGUUUUCUGGUUUUCAAUGCUGUCGGUGGGGGUACUGGCUCUGGUCUUGGUUCCCUUCUGCUAGAACGCCUUUCUGUGGACUAUGGCAAGAAGUCCAAGCUUGGUUUCACUGUCUAUCCUUCACCUCAAGUUUCGACCUCUGUUGUUGAGCCUUACAAUAGUGUUCUCUCCACUCAUUCCCUUUUGGAACACACUGAUGUAGCUGUCCUGCUUGACAAUGAAGCUAUUUAUGACAUUUGCAGGCGUUCCCUUGACAUUGAGCGACCAACCUACACUAACCUUAAUCGUUUAGUUUCUCAGGUUAUAUCGUCACUAACUGCUUCCUUGAGGUUUGAUGGUGCCUUGAAUGUUGAUGUUACUGAAUUCCAGACUAACCUGGUGCCAUAUCCCAGGAUUCACUUCAUGCUUUCAUCUUAUGCUCCUGUGAUUUCAGCUGAGAAGGCUUAUCAUGAGCAACUAUCAGUUGCUGAAAUCACCAACAGUGCAUUUGAGCCAUCCUCUAUGAUGGCCAAGUGUGAUCCUCGUCAUGGCAAAUAUAUGGCUUGCUGUUUGAUGUACAGAGGUGAUGUGGUGCCUAAAGAUGUUAAUGCAGCAGUGGCAACUAUUAAGACCAAGCGCACUAUCCAAUUUGUUGAUUGGUGCCCCACUGGAUUCAAGUGCGGAAUCAAUUAUCAGCCUCCAACUGUUGUUCCAGGAGGCGAUCUUGCCAAGGUGCAGAGGGCUGUGUGCAUGAUCUCCAACUCCACCAGCGUUGCUGAGGUCUUCUCUCGCAUUGACCAUAAAUUUGACCUUAUGUAUGCCAAGAGGGCGUUUGUUCACUGGUAUGUUGGUGAGGGGAUGGAAGAGGGUGAGUUCUCUGAGGCUCGUGAAGAUCUUGCUGCCUUGGAAAAGGAUUACGAAGAAGUCGGUGCAGAGGCUACUGAAGGUGAAGAUGGCGAAGAGGGAGACGAUUACUGA